AUGCGGACUUCGUGUGCUCGCGGCAAGUGGCAGGUGGCCGAGGUUGGAGAAAGCAGGGCCGGUGAGGGACUUGGACUGUUUGCAACCAGGUUCAGCGAGGGCGACGAAAUCUGUGCGCUCCGCUUAGACAAGGCGGCGAUCAUGCAGGUAGACCAGGCAUUGUCUGACAAGCUUGAAGGAGGAGACUUUGCGGCACUGGCCUUCCAGGUGCUGAAAGCAUCUCGUUCGGAGAAGCCGAGUGCUUGGAAGGACUGGAUCAACAGCGGAGUCAGCGCACCUGACACCCACCCGCUGAAAUUGCUGCUAACAGAUCCACAGCUGGCGAAGUAUCUCUGGAGUUGCACGACUUGCGGCGGCCAGAUGUCCGGCACGGCUCUGCAGGUUAGAGACGACAUGGAGCAGUUGCAGGGAAGCACGACCCUCGAGGAGUGGACGGACUCCCUAGCAUUGACCAUGUCGAGAUCUCUUUGCGAAGAUCGUGACGGAAGGCCUCUCUUGGCCCUCGGCGUUGAUCUUCUGCAGGCGGCGGAAGAGCCGGUGGUGCAGCUGAAGCCUUACUAUGCUAAGGAGGGUGCCGUAAUGGGUCUCGGUGGCUCUGGGCCCGAGCGCUUCAUGGGCAUCAACGUCGUGGCCAUCGAGGACAUUGAGGUUGGAACGGAGCUGACGGCAGCCUACUUGCCACAGCCACAUGGCGGAGGCUUCCUGGAGCGCUUCGGCUUCGUGCCCCAGUGGCUGCAGGGUGAGCUGGCGGAGUCGGCGGCGCGGCUGUGCUUUGCGCCGGUGGAUGAGGAUGAGGACGACUUCGGCGGCGUCAAGGAGAGCUGCCUCGAGGAUUUGGGGCUCACGACGGCCCCCAUGUCCUUUGUCUUCAGCUUGAGCGAAGGAAUCCUGUCGCCACGAGAGUCGGAGGAUUGGGAUUCCAAGUCCGAGCUUGAGAAGAUGGUCCACUUGCUCCGCUUUAAGUGCUGCGAUGGUACGGACUCCUUUCUAUUGGAUGCUGUCUAUGUGAACCGGUUCUGGUACAACUGCAACUUUCGCAUCUCCCGGAACAACGAGGUACAAGAACGGCGACGAACAACAGACCUCAUUGCAGCUUUCGAUGUCGGACAAGAUCAGCACCUUUCCUCGAAGGAGCUGGCCUCGCUUCUGCAAGCAAACGGGGUGGACAUGGGCCAGGACCAAGUAAUGCGACUGUUUGGUCGAGUGGACGACGAAGGCGACGGCUUUGACGGGGUGGAGCUGACACAGAUUCUUCGAAUCGUUUCGGGCCUGCCUGCCGUCUCCCAAAAGAUCCACGAGGCAGCGUCAUCCGGAUACAGCUGGCUUUUCGAUUUAUUUCUGUGUGCAGUUGCUGGCACUGGUCUGUACUACAUGGUCGGUCAGUCAAACGCCAUGGAGAAGCGCUGGCUUCAGAGCUCUUUCCGGGGAGCUAUCCAAUUCCACCGCAUGGAAAGCAAAUGCCAGAAGCUGGAUGGCCAGCUGUCCACACUGUCGAAAGAGCGUACCAGAUUGGAGAAUAGCCUACAGCAGCUUGGAAGUGCAAGCGACAAAACCGAGGAGCGAAAGCGCCUUUCCUCGCGCCUAGACGUGGUCAUGCAGAAGCAGAAGGUGACCACUGACCAGCUUCAGACAGAAGUGCAUCAGUGGCAAGAAGCCGCAAAGGAGGCUAUGAAGCAAACCAACAAUGUCAAGUCGAAAAUGGCCAGCAUGAUGAACUGCAUCAAAGGUCUUGAUGCUUUCAGUGGGAGCGGGAGGAUGCGGUUUGACAAGGAUGGUGCUCAGCAAGGCUUCUGCCAGACGUCCAGUGUGGGUUUUAGUCUCGAUACGAUUACUUUCGGGACCAUCGAUAAUGGCAAGCUGCUCCUCUUUGAAACAUCCAAGAACCAAAAGAUCGGAGAAGGACGUGAUUCUGCUUACCGAUGUAAAGAGCUGGAGACCGGAGAAGAGUUCGCUUUGAAGAUGUACACCAUGGGCAAUCUGAGACAAAGGCGUUCCAUUCUCCAUGACCUCUAUGCACAUCGUCUGCAGGUCGGCAGGCAUCCUCGGAUUGUGAGCUACGAGCGCGUGAUCGAGUCAGAGACCACGAUCUUCGUGCUGAUGGAGCUGCUGGCAGGCAAAGACCUCUUCGACAUUAUAUGUGCGCAGAAGCUGACAGAAGAGCAAGCACGCCCGCUGUUUCGGGACCUUGUGCAAGGACUUCAGCAUCUGCAUGCCCACGACGUCAUACACUGUGACAUCAAACCCGAGAAUGCCAUGGUUCUUGGCAACAUCGAGGACGGGACCGCCCACCUGAAGUUGAUCGACUUUGGCUGUUCCUGCUUCCGGGAGUUCGUGCACGAAGAGUCGGAGACGAGGGCAUGCAUAGUGCAAGACCGCUACAUGCCCCCAGAGCUCGGCACUGCCAAGAACGUAUUCCCCACCUUUGCAACAGACAUGUGGCGCGUUGGUUGUACGCUCUACUUGAUGCUGAUGCAGUGCCCGCCCUUCCACGAUGAUUCCCAGACACCGGCGGGCAUCCAAGCUCGCCAACAAGGUCGCUUCUACAAGCCUGCCGGAUUUUCAGCGCUUUCGACCGAAGUGCAGGAUCUUAUCACCUGCCUUCUGGCUGGAGACGCAAAGAAAAGGCCAGAAGCAGAGGAAGUUCUGAAGCACGCCUGGCUUGAGAAGGCGAGCGAGCUAUGGAACUUCCCCAAAGACCAGGGACCCAGGCGGGCGAGAGAGGUGCCUGUCAGCACGGCAAACCUGCAGCACAUCGAAGAGGCAGCCAAGUCGGGGUUGGGCAGGCGAACCUCCCUUCCAAGUCGUGCAAAGGCACAUGCUCGCGCUGACGGUGCUGCAGGCGCUGUCUCCGGCCGUGGGCGGAAGGCAAGCCCAACAAGCAAGCUCACGAAAGGAAAGGAUGCGAGUGCGCCAGUUGAAGUGGGCAAGAAUCUGCUCGGACUGGAUUUUGCCUUGCUGGCGCAAAGAGCCGCACCCAGCUCCAAGAAUCGACUUGAACAGAUUCUUCAACAACUAAGUGACGAGAUCAGCAAGAUUGCAUCCCAGCCUGAUGAUGACCGUAAACGCUCUUGUGAGUCAUAUUCUUAUGCCCAACAUCCAGCGACUUCCCAAUCCGAUGAAGGUGAAGGCUCAGCCGACACCGCAAGUGCUGCGACCACAGUUCCAAUGCACCACCAGAGCAUCGAGAGCAGGAUCGUGGAGCGCCUUUGCGACAAAGUCCAGGGCAUGCACAGUGCCUUGCAGCAGCGAGACUUGCAGUCAGCCUACCACGGCGAACAGGUCAGUUUGGAUGAUGCCGCUGGUCUUCACAAAGUGGAUGCACAUCGAUUGUCGCAGCUGGAGAGCCUGAUCAGCAGCCUGCAGGCCAAAGUUGAGACCUUGCCACGUUACGAGUUUCCGGAGGCACAGUCAGUUCGGAACGAUCGGCUUCGCGUCGAAACGAGCGAGCUACAGCAGCAAAAGGAUGCGCUGAUGGCGGAGGUCAUGCAGCUGCAAAGGCAGAAGCAGGCACUGAGCACUCAGGGUGCAUCGGGUGCAAGGUUGUGCGGAAUUCCAGCAACCCCCAUUGCCGCUGCAUCAGCGAGUGUGCCGGCGGGACGAGAAGUUAGAGGGCAGGCGGGCAAUGUUUUGAUACCGCAACUGCGGUUGGGUCAGCUGAGCGAUGUGGCUUCCAGUGUUUCUCCACCCCAGUCAGGAAGGGCAGAGAACCAAGCAAAGACUCUGUCGCUCCCCGUGGGUUGCUCUUUUGCAGUGCCCUCCCCACGUGGACCCGUUCCCGAGCCUUGCUCUGCCCGAGUGCCGGCAGUGCCGCAACCAGUCUUGGCCCAGGGAAUCGGAGGCAGUCCGCCGCCGGUGCGCUGGGCACAGGCUCCUGCCAUGGUCCCAUAUAUGCUGCACACGCACCGUGCAGCUACGCCAUCCCAGUCCACGGCUCUAGGUUUGUCAUUGCUGACGUCCGACCGACACGCUGGCCUUCGACGUGCUGAGCGAGAGAUUCUGAUUUCCGUCAAGACAGUUUUCAAGCAGGAGCUCGAUCUCAUCCAAGUGGACGACACGAUCCGGUAUUGGGCAGAUCGAGAUGGACGAAGCGUUUCCGGACAGAACCACUCAAGCAGUUCAGGGCUACUAGGUGCUUGGCUGCUUCCACUGGUGGUGCGACGCAGUGAUGACAUCGGUAAAGCCAUGAGCUUGUGGUCCUUGCAAGAGCUUCUGCGCCUCGGGGCCUCGGGCCUCACUGGCUUGACGCAGGGGGAUGCUCAACCGGAUUCUUCGCGUGCGACUGGUCACAGUGCGGGUGGCAAGCCAGAAUCGUCAGAGCUUGAUCUCAGCGCAGCGGUUGCCAAAGCCGCGAGUUUUUUGGAGAAGCAGCAGCAGAAGGUUGCAAGGUUGCGAGGGGAGCGUCGAGGAGAGACGUCUCAUGGUGAUCGGGAGAGAGGCCGCGAGCGCUCGAGGUCUCGCAAGAAGGACGCAAGCGACGCCAAGCCUCGUCCGGAGCGGACGCGGAGCAGGCGGCGCGAGCGGUCCGGUAGCAGAGCUAAAGCCAUGAAGCGAACUUCACGGCCAAGGCACAGAAGCACUCCAGCUGGAGCUGGAUCCGCAGGGACUGCCCGCGGUCGAAGUGCAGCUGGAACCAGGAGGCCAUCAACGGCAAGGAGCCCUCCAAGCUCUCGGACCCGUCAGCCCUCGCCAGCUGCUGAAAUGAGCCUGCAGGAGGCACCGCUGAAGUUUGCAGGCAGGAUCGGACCCAUUGCGGCUAACAGCCGAUCCAGUGGCUGGAUUUCGGUCCUUUCAGACGAGAAGCGGAGGAGCUGGGUGUCUUACAGGAGCGGGGCCUUCAAGCCCGAGCAGCUGCGCUCAUGGCCAGACACUCCCGGAGGGCAGCAGCAUGUCCACAUGUGCAUUCUUUCAGUCACCAUGCGGCGGAUGCUGGAAAGCUGCGUGGCACCAGCUCCGGCUCCUGCAGUGGUUUUCGCAUCCUCGCCGGUGGGGGCCUCCUUCCCCGGUCCACCGGGAGACCCCGGUGACGUUGGGCCUGUCGGAGAUGCAGGGCCCGAUGGUCCAGACGGCCCUCCCGGGCCGCCCGGUCCACCAGGUCCCACCGUGAUGGUUUCCCUGCCUAUGGGAGCUGCAAACCCUUGGAUGCCAAUGUAUCCCAUGCAGAUGCCUAUGAUUCCCCUUGCCAUCAUCCCGACACCAACACAGUCCCCGCCUCAGCAGCCACCAGCGGCUGUGGCACCAGCUCCGGCCCCCGUACUGGCGGCUGCCCCGAUGGGUGCAAACCAAGCACGUGCAGAGGAGAUCUGCAGCAAAAUGCUUGAAGACGUAGAUGCAGACCAUAAGCAGCACUGCGUGAAGACGGUGUUGAAAUCAAUGGAGCAAGGGCACUCGGAGCAGCAGUCCCUGUUCAUGGCCAAUGCGACGAUGCAGCUCCUUCAGCUGGGCCUUCCCGCAGCCGCUGCCGAUGCCGGGGCUCUGGAAGCUCUGCGUGGCUUCACUGACGGGAUGCCUUUUCACAAGGCGCUGAACCACGGCCAAGCUGCGGCAAUUUACGAGAAUGCAUUGCUGAGCGGUUACACGCCAGCAGCGGCCAAGAUCGCCCGAAUGAACGCCCUGCGCACGUUGGAGGCUGGAUACUCCAGAAAGGCAUCUCUGGUGGCCAGUGAAUCGGCUGCAAAAGCCAUCGAAGCGGGCAUGACUCCGGCAGCUGCAGAGGCAGCUGCAACCGCCUCUGCCAAUGCAAUCAGAGAUGGAAAGUCUGUUGAGGAGGCUGCUGCAGCUGGUGCUGCCGUGGCACAGGUGACAAAGGAUGGCUCUCACAUCGUUAUCCACAUUCACGAUCACGAUGCAGACGGCCAGGUCACGAAGUACCGGUAUCAGCCAGGUUCGACGGACAUUGCGGCACCUGUGUCAACAGGUCUAGACACACCUGCUCUAGAUGCUGCACCGCCUGCUCGUACAGCGGAAGCACCACCGCCAGUCAAAGAGCUCAGGCCUGUUUCAAAGCCAUCAUUUGUGGUGCCAGCGCCUGCGGCAGCUCAACCAACACGUACGAGCAAAGUGACGGCACCAGUACCCCCGCCGGUGAAGCCACCGCCAGCACCACCGGUACCAGUGCGACCCGUCGCAGUACCUCUUCCUGUACGUGUGUCAAAGCCGGCAGCAGUUGCUCCAAGCCCAGAAGCUGGAGGCGGAAUGGACACGCUUCUGCCCCGCAAGUUGCCCGCAGAAUCGGCAGCCGUGCCAGCACCAGCGGUUCCAGCGCCGCUAACGCCUGCAUCCGUGCCAGUCGCUUCGGCAACUGUGCCCUCCACUCGCAUGGCUGCAGCACCGGCACCGGCAACGGUAGCAUCGGGCACAGGAGCCUUUGGCACUGAAAGCCGCUCUCAGAGUCCUGAAGCCAGCAUUGGGCAGACGAGAAGAAGUGCAGAAGUGGCAGAAGUGCGUGGAGGCGAUGCGAGUUCUAGCCCAAGCCCAGCUCCGACCUCGAAGUCUGUGGCAAAGAGCCGUGAAAGUUCCUCUUCCACAGAAGGAGGUACGAAGGCAAGUUCAGAAGCUUCAGAGAAGUCUGUGGCGCCGGAAGCGGAACCUGGAGCCGCAGGCCCCGGCGCUGUGACGGGUGGUCAAGCUACGCCAAAUACAAAGGCAGCCAAGGCUGCAGGGGAAACUGCAGGGGCCGCUGAGGUCACGCAGGGCUCCGAAGCAACCCCGGCCGCUUCCAAGGCCCCAGCCUCCUCAGCUGGAUCACAGGAUGAGAGCUUUUUCGAUACCGUCCUGGACACGGUGAAAGAAGCUGCCUCUUACGUGCCCUUCGUGCCCUGGUCCUUGCAGGAGGAGACCAACGAGACGAAUAGCACUGAUGCCCGCUGA